AUGAACUGCAAAGUUCUCGGCGCAAGGCUAGCCGCAAAACUCCUCGCUGGCGACCUCUUCAAGGUCACUAGCAUAAAAGACCUCAUCCUAGAUUCUGACCGCCCUCCCAGGACUGAUAAAGAGUCUCCCGAGAGGGACGCACGCGCAGACCAGUCUGGCGAGAAACGCGGAAGAAGGCAGGAUCACCAUGGAGACAAUAGUACCCACCGGAGGAUAAACAUGAUCAUCGGAGAAUCGCAAUUCUACCGCGACUCUGUUUCAUCCAUCAAGGCCUACAGAAGAAGGGCGGAAACAAGUUCUAACCUGACGGCUCAGUCCCCAACCGACAACGCUCCAAACGAUACGAUUGUUUUCGAGGAGGAGGAAACCGUCGGACUCGAUAAACCUCACUGCGACUCACUAGUCAUCGACUUGGUGAUUCGAGACCUCAAAGUGGGAAGAAUCCUCAUCGACACAGGCAGCACGGUCAACGUCAUUUUCCGCGACACUCUCCGGAGAAUAAACAUCGAACUCGGGGAAGUCGUCCCGGAACCAAAACCCCUGACCGGUUUUUUGGGCACAACAUCAAUGACCCUCGGAUCGAUCAAACUUCCGGUCAUGGCAAGGGAAGUCACGAAAAUUGUUGACUUCACCGUAGUCGAUAACUCGGCCAUCUAUUAUGUUAUCAUGGGAACCCCAUGGAUCAACUCAAUGAACGCGGUACCGUCGACUUACCACCUUAGCAUCAAGUUCCCAACACCAAACCGAACAGCAAUAAUCUGGGGAUGCCAGAAACAAUCUAGGCUCUGCUUUUUGGCCGAGCAUAAGCUACAACAAACUCGGAACACCCCUGCGAUUAACCCGAAGAGAGUCAAGAAAACUCAGAGUACUCCCAAAGGUUCUACAAAGAGCGAUUCGGAAUUACUCACCCAGGCAACGGCUCCGGACAGCGACGCGAUCCCGGAGUCCAUCGCCGUACUAGCGGAAAACCCGACUCACGAAACGGCCGCCGAUUUAACUAAAGCCUCAACGGCCGAAGUAACAGAAACGACCCUAUCCAACGAGUAG